AUGGCCCAGACUUAUAAUCAGAAGAAAAAUGUGUACAGCAUCGACCAAAUAUUGGGUCAUGACAAAGAUGGAGACCAUGCGACAUCGUCUGAUGCUGUGGUUGAUGGUGGCGAUAUGGAGCUCGGUCACCUGAGCGAUCAUCAAAUCAACGACGCGCUGCACGAUCCCUUAAAUCUGGGUGAGUCCGACCGACCACGCAAGGUGCGAAGAUCGCGUACAACUUUUACGACCUAUCAGCUGCAUGAGCUUGAGAAAGCUUUUGGGAACACGCAGUAUCCGGAUGUGUUCACCAGGGAGGAGCUGGCAAUGAGGCUGGAUCUUUCGGAAGCUAGAGUACAGGUGUGGUUUCAAAAUCGGCGUGCAAAGUGGCGCAAGAAGGAAAAAGCUUUAGGUAGAGAUACGAGUUUUAUGCACGUUGAACAAGGCGGUGUCAACGAGUUGUCCCUUCACGCGCGGCUGUUGCAAACGGCGAGCGGCGUUCCCGGCUCGGACUCCUCGGGUCCGCCGACAGGCGCAUUUCCCUGGUUCAUACCUCCGGUUUUCCCGUCACCCUGGCCACCGAGCGCACCCAAGUUGCCGCCAUUGCAUGCGCUCCUGUCGCAAUACAUCGGUCUGCCUUUGCCGCAGAAUCUAGCAUCACUCGGCACGAUGCUUCCGGUCGGCCUGAAUCCGAGUUCGUCGCUAAAUCACAGCAGCGUGAAUGGACACUCCUUAGGCGGCCAUAUACACGGUCAUCCCUUGAAUCUCGGAGUGCAGAGCAUACCACAAAACCUAAGCUCGAAGAAUGACAGGGAGGAGGAUUCGGCGUCGUCCGACGACGAGAUUAGGAAGCAAAGCGCGGAAGUGCUGAGAGUAAAGGCGGAAGAAGCGUUACGUAAGGCGGACAAUUAA